AUGUGGUUGCGCCUUGUUCGAUGUUUCUUGAAUGCUGGUCUUUCUUCAACUAAAGCUCCACCUAUCCGCCUAGCGAGAAGAUCAAGGUCCAUCCAGGACCUGCCCCUCCGACCCAACCUACCCUGCCUUUUUUCCAUGCGCAGCCCCGAAUCAGACUCAGACCCCUCCGAACGAGUCAGUAAACGGCGUCGCAUCUCUUCGCCCGCGCGGAAAGACUUACAUGCAACCAUGACUCCCACCGGUCCAAGGAUUGAGCUCACUCCAAUUGAGAGUACGCUGCGAGCUCUGCUUCUCGAUGUUGCCCAAUACAUCAAUGAGCAGGCGGCAGAGGGCAAAGCCAGCAAUGUACAGGAUUCUUCCAAGACUGUGCUGCGAUUUACAGGAGGCUGGGUGAGGGACAAGCUGCUUGGAAUCGGGAGCAAUGACAUCGACGUCGGCAUCAGCAACAUGACGGGAUACCAGUUCGGGAUGGCUCUCAAAGAAUACCUUGACGUCCCGGAACGUCUUGAGAAAUAUAAGCAAAGCCUUCCCAAUGGCCAAAUGCACGAUGCUAUCGUCAGCUUGCACAAAAUUGAAGCAAACCCGGAAAAGUCCAAGCACUUGGAGACCGUCACAACGAAAAUCUUUGGGCUCGACAUUGAUUUGGUCAACCUCAGGAAGGAAACAUACACAGACGACAGUCGAAAUCCCCAAAUGGAAUUCGGAACUGCCGUUGAAGACGCUUUGAGGCGCGAUGCGACUAUCAAUGCGCUCUUCUACAAUCUAAACGAGUCACAAUUGGAGGACCUUACUGAACGCGGCCUGGAUGAUAUGAAGCACCGGAUUAUUCGAUGCCCAAUGGAGCCAUAUCAAACGUUCAAAGACGACCCGCUGCGCGUUCUUCGGUUGAUCCGAUUCGCGAGUAGACUGGGAUACCAGAUUGACUCGGAAACGGAGGCAGCUAUGCAGAUUGAGGAUAUUGGCGAAGCGCUCAAGCUCAAAAUCAGCAAAGAGCGUGUGGGGACGGAGCUAGAGAAGAUGCUGCGUGGUCCUGAUCCACGCGGUGCACUGGAAUUCAUCGAUCGACUGAAACUCUAUCACACCAUUUUCGCCAACCACCAGGACGACAUCAAGGCCGAUACCUCCACAUGGCCACUUGCGUAUAACACAUUGGCACGCUUGCUCCGCCCAGAUUCUGGGAACAGUCAAGAAUCCGAGGCUACAAUCAAGCGAAUCCGUGAAAUCCUGUUCCGUGAUGAAUCAACCAUAUAUUACGCGUGGAUGGUCGCAACAUUUGCUCCUUGGUCCUCCAUCCCCACACGUCCUACGAAAGGCCCCAAAGGAAAACCCUUACCCCCAAGGACAGUUGAGGUCGGCAGAGAUAGUCUCCGCACCGACAACAAGAACUUGACUGUGCUACGUGCUGGGUCUCAAAAUUAUGAAGAAAUCAUUGAAACCAAAACGGCACUUCUUACCAAGAGCCUGCCGGGGACCCCAGCGGAAAUCCGACAGAAAAUCGGCCUGCUCAUUCGAGCAUGGAACAAGGAGUGGAAGCUCUGUAUUCUUUUGGCCAUCUUGCAAGAGACCAUGGCACAACGGGACUUCUCUGGAGUGGCUCAAGAAUAUGACCAAUUCCUGGCGUAUAUCGUAGAAAAUGACCUAGAGGAUGUGUGCGACCUCCGGCCGAUCGUAAAUGGCGAUGAAAUUAUGAAUAGCCUUGGGGCCAAGAAGGGACCCUGGAUGGGCAAAGCAGUCAAUAUGAGUCUGGAAUGGCAACUGCUUCACCCCGAGAUUAGCGACAAGGAAAAGGCGCUGGCGGAGAUCGUGGAUCGACGAGCAGAAUUGGGGUUCACAUCCAGAAUGGAGGAAUUACGCAAAGCUAGGGCGACUUUAGCCCAAACCCCUGGCAAAGUGCCCGACUCGUUGCCCUUCGCGGGCACCGCCCACUGUGGAAUCGAUCAAUUAUGGCAGGAUAUUGACUCCCAAGACCAUUCAACCCAUUCUGAUGUAAGUUUCUUCUGGCAAUUCAGUGCCAGCCUGCUAAUUAUACAGCUUUGUGAGAGUCUGCUCCUAGCGACGGGGGUGAUCAGAAAUCGCGACUUUCAAGUGCCUGACGAUACUGGCCCUCGACCAUUAAGUCCCAUCGAGACGAAAGCUAUCACCAACUUAUUUACUUGGGCAAGUCGCGCUGCUCUGCCCUCAUCUGAAUUUGCAAGUUAUUUUGAUGAAACAGCUGGUUUCUCAGAUGAUAUCAUCCAAUGUCAGAUUGAUAGCCGAUUCAGGUCAGAGCUGGCCAUGGAUUUCCUCCUAGAAUCGAGCAAGCUACUUCCCAACUUAUCCAAACCCAGCCCAGACAAUGUGGCAGACGUCCUUCUGGCAGGGGCGUGUUUCAAAGAGUCAACCCCAUGGACUACAUCAUAUAGCCAUGGGGCGGCAUCAAAGCUGCUUGAUAUCUGGACUCAAAGCAGUCGCAAAUAUGGCACGUUCUGGCCUGCUAUCGAUCUCAUCCUCAGGGAGAGAAUAAGACCUCUGUUUGCAAAACAAAAGAACCCGGCCAUCACCAGUGCGGGCCGCAAGAAUUUCCAUCCUCAGGCUCUUCCUCGCUUCGGUUCAAAUGGCUUGGAUGAGUCUGCAAAACCCUGGAAGACUACUGAUAUCUACGUUGCCUCGGUGCUGUCGUGGGUUCUCUCACAAUACAAGCCUGAGGAUAAAUCGGAUUUCGAAGCGCAUUUCCCGCUCUUCGUGCCGACGGUGUUGGCAAUGAUUGACGACAAUAAUCUUCCCUUCAAGACGGAAGGAUGUCUCGUUCUCAGCCAGCUACUGCAAGCUAUUCAAGCGAGCGAAUCGGACAUUCUUCGUCGCACUAACCUAACAUCUGUCUUCGAGGAGGCAGUCACUCCAUGUCUUCUUUCUAUUCCCACUAUCACUCCAGAGGAUAGAUCUCUUAAGCUUCUCGGGGCAGCAUAUCCAGCACUCCUUGAUACUCUGCAGACAGCCUACAAGGGUCCGUCUCAAUCCAGCCAGAAUCGGGAAGCCUACACAAACGGGCUCGCUAACAUACUGCGAUCAAAUCUCAUCUCUUCUUUCCACCACAUCAGCUCCAGCACCCCAGCUUCUGGCUCUACGGCUGCCUCAUUCCCAUUCCCUCGCCUCUCAGCCUUUCUUUUGGAGAAGAUCUCUCUAUUCAUCAGUGAGCUGGGCAUCCAUGCUACAAAAUAUCUUCAAGAGCUUAUCCCUGUUCUUUACACAACACUCUCCAAUCCCUUUGGAACUGCGUAUCCUCCAUUGCUACGUGCAGCAGCGACAGCCACACAGGUAAUCAUCCAAAAUGCCCACCCCCGUAUCUGGCGCUGGCGGGGUGAGAUUUUGAGUGGUUUGAGUUCUUGCUGGCUUCACAUUGCUGCCGAUGAUAAUAAGGAAAAUGCUCCUCAGCUGGUCAAACUCAAGGUUGAGUUGCAACAGGCGACAAAGCUACUUCAACAUGUUUUGCAAAAUCCUGUCCCUAUUUCAUCUGAUACCCCAGAGCCUGGUCAAGUACAGGCUAAGCUGACCAUGCAUGAAGAGUUGAAAGAGCUCACCGACGCCGAUGCAGAGCUCAGACUUCUCUUUGAAUGA